GUAAAGGGUAAAGGCUAUACCUCCUUCGAUUGAGAAUACACACAGCCAUCUUGGAUCUAACGAAGCGAAGGGAAAUUGAUGCGGUGACGAAAGGCAUGUUUAAUGCUAGGAAGAAAUUUGUAGAGUUCGUCGAGGUAGUCGAUAACGACUUCACUGAUGAAAGCAUGUACUACAACCAGCCGUCGAUGUUCCCACAUCGAUCGGACAAAGAUUCUCCAAAUGUUCUUCUGCAGAUGCUGUCCUCUCCCUCGCCGUCGUCGUCGGGUCAUCUGUCGCAGCUUGGUGCGAGCUUGUAUGGUCCACAAAGUGCACUCGGCUUCUCGGUUAGAGGGAUGGGAAACAGUACGCCUCAGUUAAACCGCAAUCUAACACAGGGCACGCAGCUACCAAGUCAUAUCACCCCCACGACAGGGGUCCCCACCAUGUCCCUCCAUACGCCUCCAUCGCCAAGCAGAGGGACAUUACCAAUGAAUUCGAGGAACAUGCUGAACCACUCUCAGGUCGGUCAAGGCAUUGGGAUGAGCGGCAGGACCAACAGUAUGGGCAGCUCGGGGUUGGGAAGCCCAAACCGCAGUUCGCCGAGCAUCAUUUGUAUGCCCAAACAGCAGCCAGCACGCCAGCCGUUUACCAUAAACAGCAUGUCAGGAUUCGGUAUGAACCGCAAUCAGGCGUUUGGGAUGAACAACUCAUUAUCAAGCAACAUCUUCAAUGGCACAGAUGGGAGUGAAAACGUAACAGGGCUGGAUCUUUCAGACUUCCCUGCAUUAGCAGACAGGAGUCGGAGAGAAGGGACUGGAAACCCAACACCGGUGCUCAACCCACUGGCAGGACGGGCUCCUUAUGUUGGCAUGGUGACGAAGCCGUCGACUGAACAGACACAGGACUUCUCCAUUCACAACGAGGACUUCCCCGCACUGCCUGGCCCAAACUACAAGGACCCCACGUUGAACAGCGACGACAGCAAAACUAACUUGAAUACAACAAGCAAGAGCACAUCCAGCACAGAUGGGCCCAAGUUCCCCGGAGACAAGACGGCGUCUGCACAGAACAACAACCAGAAGAAAGGGAUCCAGGUGUUGCCUGAUGGUCGGGUGACCAACAUUCCUUCAGGAAUGGUGACAGACCAAUUCGGCAUGAUCGGACUGCUGACGUUCAUCCGGGCGGCGGAGACGGAUCCGGGGAUGGUCCAUCUGGCGCUAGGAAGCGACCUCACAACACUGGGACUCAAUUUAAACUCGCCAGAAAACUUGUACCCCAAGUUUGCCUCUCCUUGGGCUUCAGCGCCUUGCCGACCUCAAGACAUCGACUUCCAUGUACCGUCGGAGUAUUUAACCAACAUCCACAUAAGGGACAAGCUGGCUGCUAUUAAACUGGCUCGAUACGGUGAAGACUUGUUGUUCUACCUGUACUACAUGAACGGUGGAGAUCUGCUCCAGCUUCUGGCAGCGGUGGAGCUCUUUAACCGGGACUGGCGGUACCACAAGGAGGAGCGGGUGUGGAUCACGAGAGCGCCCGGCAUGGAGCCCACACUGAAGACCAACACCUACGAGCGGGGAACCUACUACUUCUUUGAUUGUCUUAACUGGAGGAAAGUAGCCAAGGAGUUUCAUCUGGAGUAUGACAAGCUGGAAGAGAGGCCUCACGUGCCAUCGACGUUCAACUACAACCCAGCCCAGCAGGCCUUCUAAGGCCCACCAGUCCAAAGGCCGCAGCUGCUCCAGAGCAGCUUGGUUUUUUUUAUUCCUCCAGGAUUUGGCUAUUUGACUGCGGGGGCCAUCGCCACCAUGAAAACUGCCCUGCCUUUCCAAAAUUUUGCUGCCCAAAACACUGACACUCUUUCAGUUUUUAUUUUUCAUGUUCCAGUUGGUUUUUUUUUUCCUUUCUUUUUUUUUUUUUUUUGCCCCUUGUUUUGAGCAGGGUCUGUGUUAUGUUUACGUCUCUGAAUCUGAAGCCUGUUUUCUCCCAGAAAAGGAGGACUUGACCUUGUAGCACAGGAACAAAGGUUACGGCCUCGCAUUCACACCAGGCGUCGAAAAGAACUGAGAGAAGGCCGGGGAAAGCAAAGUCGACAUCCUCAGAUGCAAACGAAAGGGUGGAAAAAAAUGCAAUGUUCAUUGUUGCACUAUAUUUAGUAAUAAAAGUACACAAAAUUUGAUUGUGUUUUUUUAUGUGAACACUCCCUGAUUUAUUUUCCUUUUCCAUUUUCCUGUCAGGGAGUUCAUGCAACAUUUCCACAUGCAUUCUUUUCAUCUCACUUUUUUUUUUUUGUUUGUUUUUUCAUUCACAAUAAUUUCUUUCAUCAUUUUCUCUCAUACGCUUUUUUUUUUUCUUCUUCAGUUCUUCCAUUUUUCUCUUACACUCCCUGACUUCUGUGCUGGCCUGAUAAUGGACACAAAUCUGAGAGAUGGCUUUGGUUUUCGCUACCUUGGAGAGAAACUCACCGAGGCGGAACAACCACACGACUUUGCUGCAAAGCAAACAAAACACUUUACUGUCUUUGUUACGAUUUUGUAAGAAAUGUGUACAUUUUUUUUUUCUUCGCAUCACAUAAUUAGUAUAUGUAUGUACGAAUGUGUAUAUAUGAUUGCUAUAUAUAUAUAUAUGUAUGUAUAUAUAUAUAUAUGACAUCUAUUUUGGAAGAAAUUUUGCCCUGCCUUGUACCUCGUUUUUAUGAGGUGAGCAUGGAUGCAAUAUGUGGACGUAACAGGAAUUUACUGGAUCUGCUGGACAGGGUGUCAAAAGACACACGUGUGGGCACUUACAUCAAAAUGAAACAAACAUAAAAUGUUCUUCAAGGAAAGGCCUGAUUCUCAGCCCAAAAAAAAAAAUACGAAGAAAACAAACAUGGAGGUCAUCCCCGGAGUCCAAAGCAAACGCAGGGGUGCGUUUCAAGUGGAGCUGUUUGAACAACAGUGAACGGCAGCAUUUCAUAGGAAACGGAAAACCUGACACAUUUUAGGAGAAAAAAAAA